GAAGCUGAUAGAUUUACUAGGGCCAGAGGAUCCUAAACUAGCCCAAGCACUAGAUCCGUUCCUCUGGAGGGCUCAGUAUGGCAUCAGCACAGUCCAAAAUGGAUUUUAUGGCUCCAAAUCCUAUCAAAUAGCUGUCCGGGAUAUGAAGCUGUUUUUCCCAGAAGGGCUGUGCUGCGCCGAGUGUCAGACAUUAGAGGAGGAAGAGAUCUAUAACCUGAAACGUGACCCCAUAGUCAGUUUGGAAAUCAACAAGCAACGCAAGAUCAUAAAACGUGAAACAGGGGGGCAACUCAAUUUAUUGGGCUCCGAGCAACCAUGCAAUCUUGAUCGGCCAUUGCUUGAUAACCUCUGCCAAACCACUUGCCUCGUAUUGCCUGGGAUAAUCCUUCGGGGUUCAGAACACCCACCUUAUGUUGAACUGCUUGACCAGCUUAUUGGAAAAGAUUUCACAGUGACUGGAGUACGCCUCACUGUCCUGGAUGCACCACAAGCUCACUGCAUCUCUGAGACACUAAGCAGGGCAAAGUGCAGUGUUGCAGCAAAGUGUUCCCUCUUAAUGGAUGGUUUGUGUCUGGUGCUAGCAGCACAGCGAGACAAUGCAGUCAUUUGCUUCGACUCCCUGCUGGACAGCGUCUGCUGGCAGAAGCAGUCAGUCCUGGACACUGUGCAGCAUCUCCUUUAUCCCCAAAAUGAGAAGCAGGCCGAAGAGCUGCUCUGUUGCCUUUUUGACUCCCUGACAUCUGAGAGCAUCCACCAAAUUGAAUCCCAGGAUUGCUAA